AGGGCUUCAUACAUCUUCUCUCGCACUCUUCAAACGGACCUCUCUCUUUCUCUCUCUAAAACUCGGGGAGAAGACAAUCCUUGAAGCUUCAUCAAUGGCGUCUUCAUCAUCAGUGAACUUGGAAGAUUUAGAUUCGAUAGAUCUUAUGAAUGAGCUUCUCCGUCGCAUGAAGUGUUCAACCAAACCCGAUAAGCGCCUCAUUCUCAUUGGUCCACCUGGGUCUGGAAAGGGUACCCAGUCACCGAUUAUCAAAGAUGAAUACUGUUUAUGUCAUUUAGCAACAGGAGAUAUGCUGAGAGCUGCUGUUGCUGCUAAAACUCCUCUUGGAGUUAAGGCUAAAGAGGCUAUGGAAAACGGACAACUUGUUUCUGAUGACUUAGUUGUUGGAAUCAUUGAUGAAGCUCUUAAGAAACCUUCUUGUCAAAAGGGUUUCAUUCUUGAUGGUUUCCCUAGGACUGUGGUUCAAGCCCAGAAGCUUGAUGAGAUGCUUCAACACCGCGCAGUUAAGGUUGAUAAGGUGCUGAAUUUUGCAAUUGAUGACUCAAUCUUGGAAGAGAGAAUCACUGGCAGAUGGAUUCAUCCUACUAGCGGACGAACUUACCACACCAAAUACGCCCCUCCAAAAGUUCCAGGGGUGGAUGAUGUUACUGGAGAACCGUUGAUUCAACGGAAAGAUGACACUGCAGCUGUUCUCAAGUCAAGGCUCGAGGCUUUCCACAUACAAACAGAGCCGGUGAUAGACUACUAUAGCAAGAAAGGAAUUGUGGCAAACCUUCACGCAGAGAAGCCACCGAAAGAAGUGACCACAGAGGUAGAGAAAGUGUUAUCCUCUUGAAAUGUAUGUAAGCCCGCUUACUAGGCUUUUUGUUAACUUAUAUUCCAUUAAAACUCGAAUUUAACUUCAUAUUCUUGACUUGGAUGAGCUAGUCUUUUGUGCCUUGCACCUUUGAACCAGUUUUGGAUUAGGAAAUAACUCACCUCAUAUUUAACUUCUUUUGGCA